GUGAUAGAGACAUAAGGAUUGAUGAUAUGCACAAAUUAAAAGUGGUGGAAAACUUCAUUUACGAAAGCAUGCGGUACCAACCUGUAGUGGACGUGAUCAUGCGCAAAGCCCUACAAGAUGAUGUAAUUGACGGCUACCCGGUGAAAAAGGGGACUAACAUUAUCCUGAAUAUUGGAAGAAUGCAUAGACUCGAGUUUUUUCCCAAGCCCAAUGAAUUUACUCUUGAAAACUUUGCAAAGAAUGUUCCUUACAGGUAUUUUCAGCCAUUUGGUUUUGGGCCCCGAGGCUGUGCAGGAAAGUACAUUGCCAUGGUGAUGAUGAAAGCUAUCCUGGUCACACUUUUGAGACGCUUCCACGUGCAGACAUUGCAAGGAAUGUGCGUAGAAAACAUGAAGAAAAAAAGUGACUUGUCCAUCCACCCAGAUGAGUCUGGCAACUUUCUGGCAAUAAUUUUUACCCCAAGAAAUUCAGACAUGUGCCUUGAACACUAA